AUGCCGCUCAAGCUCGUGCUCGCCGUGGUUGCUCCGGUGGGCUUGACGUGCUGCAUACUGAAACUCGCCGGCGUCCCCUGGCCAAUCAUCAUCCGCAUCGCCGGCGUCCUGCUCGCCUUCCUCUUCAUCGCGGCGUUGUGCCAGCGCGCGCAGGCCCGCGCUAGGUCGCAACGCCAACUCCUGCAAGAUCCAGAGGGGGAUCAGUCGUCCAUGGCCGCGCUUCCGCGCGAACCGGCCGUCGGGCUAGGCCGGGCGGCGCUCGCCGGCCUGCCUGUGUACAAGUACGAGAAACUGAGGUGCAGCGGCGGAGAGGGCCACGAGUGCGCGGUGUGCCUCGCCGAGAUCAAGCCCAAGGAGGUGGUGAAGCAGCUGCCGGCGUGCACGCACCUCUUCCAUGACCGGUGCAUCGACGAGUGGCUCUGGUCUCACAGGACGUGCCCCGUCUGCCGGUCUCCGGUCGAUGGCUCCACCGUGCCGGCCGUGGAAGUUGCCGCCCGUGCUAUGCAAUUUGUUUAG